AUGUCUACGGAAACACUUUCCCAAAUCACACCCAGCCAAGCUCCGUCCUCUUUGCAAGGUCGAAGAAGUUUGCGCGCCAAAGAAGCAGCUGCAAUGAUGUCACCCACGACGGUAAGAAAGGCAGUCGAAGACAGAUCCUCCAAUGAACUCUUUUCUCCGACUUCGGCAGCUGCUCUGGCAUUAUCCUCCCUUCACCAAUUUGGGGCCCAGCGGGACAAUCGAGCUCCACCGGAUACGGAACUGAAAGGAACUCGAUUGUUCACUCCUGCUUCUACUACUGCUACUACUGCUACUACUGCUCCCUUUGUGUCACAAGAGGACAAUGAUGGUAAUGAGAGCAACAACAGCGGCAAUGACCUUGAUAUUGACAUUGACAUUGGCAGUCCUGCUGAAUCCAAUAGCGAAUCCAUCAGCAGUGAAAACAAUGAAAACACCAACCGAAAUGAUGGCAAUGCUCCUACCGUCAUUGCCAACAAAGGAGAGGAGGAAGAAGCACAGAAAAUGCAAUCCUUUGCGCCUGUCUAUCAUCAGCACCAGCUUCAGCAUCUUCAUCAAACUCCAACUAUUGCUCCCUAUCCUCAUCAUCCUGGACAACCUCAACAACAGCAGCAGCACCACCACUAUGAACAAUACAACCCACAACUGCAACAGCAACCACCACUUUCUGCACCAUGGAGACGUCCAGUGGCUCCCUUGCCAAUGAAUCAUCAUCAUCCCAAUGCUCAUGCUCAUCAUCAGCCACACCAUCAUCCCCAUCCACAUGCGCAUCAUCCAGCGAGUUAUGUGGCACGGUAUCCCUACACACAUGCCCAAUUGGAAUCCUCGUUGCAACAUCAGCAACAACGAGACUACAGUGCUGGUGGAUGGGAACAACAGCAACAACAACAACAUUCACAGCAACAUUCACAACAACAUUCGCAACAAGGUGCUCCUCCUCCUCAUACCUAUAACCGAGCCUCGCCCGUUUCUUCUCUUGGGCCCUAUGCGACCGCUCCCAUGCAACCACCGCCACAUGUAUUGCAUCAACACCACCACCACACGUCGCAGCCACCACAACCGAUAGCAGCAGCACCUCACCAUCCCAGCAACAAGUUUGCUCGUUUGGCGUCCUGUGCUUCGACCUUGGUCACGCCCACUCCCAAAAAGGCCAAGUUGACUCAUGAUGGUGGUCACAGUAGUCAUAAUCAUGCUACUACUGCUGCUACUACUACGGAACAAGGCAAACAAGGAGGAGCCAUCGCAACGAUUGCAACGGCAACAAGUGCAGUCAACUAUUCUCGAAAAAAGAAAUCUUUGGGAAUCCUAGCCGAAAACUUUUUGAAUACCUAUCAAGGCUUGGCCAAGGGAUCUACCAUUGUGGUCGACGAGGCUGCCAUUAAACUCGGAGUGGAACGUAGACGCAUUUAUGAUGUGGUCAAUAUUCUGGAAUCCAUUUGUCUCGUCUGCAAGAAACACAAGAAUACAUACACGUGGAUGGGCAUGGAACAUUUGGAUGCCGUCUUUGGACGUUUGCAGGCACAAGCCAUUGCCGAAUAUCCAUCGGAUGCCCAAAAAUUCUUGGGAUCCAAGGAAUGUUUGUCUCCCAAAGAUCUACCCGCCAUUCCACUCAAGCCGGCCCGCAAACAAUCCAAAUCGAGAGAAAACAAGUCUCUUGCCAAACUCAGUCAAGAAUUCCUGCAAGUCUUUUUGGUAGGCCACGAAACACUUUCCUUGCCCGAAGCAUCCGAUAAGAUUCAAGGAACCACCUCCAUGGAAGAAUUAAUUGCCAUGGGAUCAAGUCGCAAGGAAGCCUCGACUGAGAAAGAGCUCAAGGCGGCAGCGGCCCGAGGCCUCAAAACCAAGAUUCGUCGCCUCUAUGACAUUGCCAAUGUCUUUUUGAGUGUGGGGCUCUUGAAAAAGGUCGAUCGAGGGGAUGCAAGUCGUCGACCCAACUUUUCGUGGAGUUACCGUGUCAGUGCGAAGGAACUCUACCAACAGUAUCGGCCAGGAGCAGCGCAAAAACAACGACAAACACAACAAGUUGGUGGUGGUGACAAUGAUGAUAAUGAUGAUGAUUCGGAACAUGAUGGUAGUAAUCACCAUCAUUCACCAACAACCGCGGAAGUGGUGGUUCCAGCUGUGACCACCUCGUCGCGCUAA